CUCAGCAACAGCCCCCGAGUUCCAGAAACUGUCCAGAAGCCUGAUGGUCAGCUUCAGCAUCUGUGUGGGACUCAGGCUUCUUGCCCAGUCUUUAUACCAGCAAAAUGCAUGCGGCAGUGGUGGUGACCAGCGUGACACUGCUCCUGAGCGUGGUGCGGGCCUCUCACUCUCUCUGCUCACCCACCAUUUUUUACAGAGACUGCUGGAUCCGUCGCUUUCCGGGUCUUCUGAUUGACCUGGAGGAGUCUCAGAAGCUGGGAGCUCAGUUCCUGAAGUAUUACUCUGAAGGCACUGGCCAGAAAUGCAGCAGGAGCUGCUGCCUUAGGAAGGAUGUUUCCUGUAACGUGGCUGUCUUCUACCAUGAUCCUAUUCACGACAAUGUCAACUGCCUCCAUAUUCACUGCCCAACAUUGGAGAGUUGUGUAUUAGAGCCUGGAACCAGCGCCAUUUUAUACAACAUAACAGAAGGUAUAGAUCCAGAUUUGCUGGUUUUUGAACAGUCACCUCCCGCAUAUCUCAAUACCCGUUCUUCAUCUAACACAGGGGACAGACUAAGGAUUCUAAAAGCUGCAAAUUUAGGUAAACAACAAAGCACCAUGAUAAACCCAAAGCUACCGUCAGUAGAGGCACCAUCAUCAAGCACACAUCGAGAUUUGGUUGUAAACACAAACAAGACCAGGUCUUCCAGGGAAUUAACCACAGAUUCUCGGGCAAGCUUCAUUUCCCUGAAUGACUCCAUUGCCACAGAGGUAAAUAUGGUGUCACACAGUACUGAUUUCAUCAACAAUCCAGAUAACAAGACUGUUUCUCCUUUCUUUAUGCCAGUAGACACAAAACUUUUUCAUAGGCCUAUUCCAUCCAGACUCAACAGUAGCAAACAAUUACUGAACAAAACCAAGGGGUACAACAGCAGAAACCACACAUCUGAGAAUGAAGACAUGACACCUGAUGGGGCAUCUGUGACUCCAAAUAUGUGGCUGGCUCCAGUGGCCCUCUGUACCUCUGUCAUCUUUCUUUGCUGUUGUAUAAUCAUCUUGGCAUCUGGAUGCUGUAGAAAGCAGAGCCAGUCUAAACCAGGACAGAGAAACGUCAGGAUCCAGGCAAAUUAAAAAAUAAUAAUAAUAAUAACACUCUGAAGGAGAACUCUUAAUAGUAAAAGUUACAGGGAGAUUGUAAGCUUUCAAGAAUAUCAUUUUUAUUUUCUGUAAGACAAGGGCAGUUUGGUUAAAAAAAAAAAAAAAAACAAUUGCACAGGAUGCCCACUCCUACCAAUCUCUAAAAAAAAGGCCAAUGCUUGAUAAAUUUAACUGCUUUUUAAAUUAUUUCCAUUUUUUGAAGUGUACCUUUUGCCAAAGUUCCAAAAUUCUGACCCCUGCAGUUAUUCAGCACUGCAUGAGAGAUAUGGUUCUAAGUGCUAUGCAUGUAUUCACUCAUUGAUUUCUUAUAACUUUAUGAGUUAGGUAUGCUUUUAUUAACCAUUAUAGUAUUAUUGUCACAUUUUACAGAUGAGGAAAAUGAGAAGAGAGGCUAACUAUCCUGCCUAAAGUCACACACCUAGUAAGUAGUGAAGCCAGGACCUAAAAGAGAAUCUGGUUCAAAAGUUCAUGCUUGAAAUCACUCUCAGACUAAAAGCCUCCAUUUUCCCAAAGUGCAUGGAAAAAAGAUACAGAGAGGAGAUUACCAUAUAUGUCUACUGUCAGGGUCAAAUUUGUGUCAUCUAUGUUAAUAAAAUCUUGUAGUGGUUUCAACAGAAGAGCAUUAUUAUUAGUUACUAGCCCAUGUGCAAAUGCUUCCUAUUUUUAUAUAGGAAGGAUUUAGUGUUCAAUUGAUUAAUUCUUUUUAAUCCUAAUUCAUCUUCAUUUUCUGAAGCUGACAUUCCUUUAAAUAACCUUGGUACUGGAAUCUUUGAGUUUUGUGUUGAUCUCUGUUGAAUAAAGCACGGGAGUUUUAGUUUACAUCCCUCACUUGUUUCUUAUACAUUGUUUCCCCAGGUACAAAUAUUAGCUGUAGAUAUUUCAGCUCUGUCCAAAUUUUACACCUGAUUUACCUCCCUAAAUCUUACAUUCAGACUCCUAAAUGCAGACACCUUUAAUCCAAGUCUCCACUGAUUUUAAACUUUAGGACCUUAAUCUCAUUCCUGAAAUUCUUCCUAAAUGUGAGGACAGAUAUUAAGACAGCCAAUAAGCAUGAAGAAUAGAUAAGAGGAAAUCCUAUUAUAGGAUUAAUAAAAUAGUAGUUCUCUCUUCUGUUAAAACAAAUUGUCCAGUGGCUUAA